AUGUCUUCCGAGCCCUCGACGUCGGGCAGGAUCGCAAUCGAUGUCACCGCGCGCGAGGACUUACACGCAUGCAUUCGUCGCGCGAGCUCGCACCCCGACGUCGAUCGCGACGUGCGCGAACGAUGCGUCGAGGCGUUGAAGGACGCGCACGCGCGCGGUGUGGAUUACGACGUCGUCUUCGACGCGUGCGAUGCGUUGCGAGCGAUCGGCGACGGCGAAAACGUGCCGAGCGUGCGCGCGGUGCUCACGCUCGCGAACAUUCGCUUCGAAGUCGUUCGCGAGCGCGAGGAGCUGACCGAGGAGGAGAAGGAGGCGAGGCGAGCGCACCGCGAGCUCAUGGCGACGCUGCGAGACGUCGUCGAGGCACGCGCGUUCGCGAAGAUGACGUGCGAUGUGGAUCGCACUCGAGGAUCAGACCGCUCGUCUCCGAUGGGAUUUAAGGCGGAUACGCGCGCGUUUGGGUUCGCCGCGCACGUGCUGACCGUCAUGUUCGCCUUCGCGUGCGCGGGAUACGUCGGCGGCGGCGCGUUGGAGCGCGGCGGCGCGAAUCCCGCGUGGGCGCGAGGGCUGUGCGCCGCCCUCGGCGCCGCUCUCGGGCUCACGGUAGAGGCAGGAUUGAUGAUUUUACGCGAAGGUCGCGUGUAG